GAUUGGCUGCUACGUAUGCAGGAUGUCAUUGAAAGCCCUGCAUUUAAAGGAAGUACAAAGUGUCCGGCUCAGGAUCUGCUGAAUGCUGUAAAAAGCUGUUUGAUUAAAGAAAUGAGCACAGCAGAAGUUGUUCUUGUUGACUUGUUUGAUCCAGGAUAUCUCGAAUACAACAAUAACUAUACAGAACCUAUUAAACAUGUUUUGGGCAUCUCUGAAAAACAUUACAACAGAAAUAUUCCAUUUACUUAUCUAAUGUGCUUUUGUGAUUCACCAUGCUCAAACGAAGCUCAAAACCUUUUCCCCGGCACUUCUAUCCAGUAUCUGAAGGGUCUAACAAAUGGAUAUAAAAUUGUGCGUGACUCCAGUAUGGCUGCUAUCCUGUAUUCCAUCAAACAAGAUAUAGAUGCUUUAAACUUGAAUCAAAUUCUUGUUAUCAUGCCCAAGAACAGAAGAGUGCAAAUGGACAUAUUUGUAGAGUGUUUGUUUACUGACAUAUACAAGUUUACCUUUUAUCCAUUUGAAAUACAAACAGAAAAGAACAGUUUAAAUUGCAAACAUGGCAAAAAACAAGUCGGAGAUGAUAUAUCUUGUGGGAAUUUGAGAGAAAUAACUGUAAGAAGCAUCCAAACACAUCUGGAAACAUUGCCAUCUCUGAAAGGGGAUAUUGUUAUUCUUAAAUCAUACCUUAUUCCAGAGACUACCUUUCUGCAUGGCUUUACUACAAGAGCAGGUGGCAUCUCAUACGUACCCACACUCAGUUCCUUAAAUCUCUUUAGCAGCUCCAAGAGGAGAGACCCCAGGGAGGUGGUUGCAGAGAAUUUCCGUCGUUUAGGAAAAGUUGCUGGGUUUGAUCCAAAGACCUAUUCCUCUGUGAAGGUUGAUCAUGCCAGUGAUGUUUGGAUCAUGGGUAAAAGUGAACCUGACAGCUACGAUGCAGUUGUCACUAACAAGAAAGGAGUCACAAUUGCAGCCCCGGGGGCAGACUGUAUCCCAAUUCUGUUCUGUGACCCUGUCCAUAAAGCCUGUGGUGCAGCUCAUUCAGGCUGGAAAGGGACCUUACUAGGAGUUGCAAUGGCCACCAUUAAUGCAAUGGUGUCUGAGUACACAAGUCGGGUUGAGGACAUAUUGGUUGUGCUGGGUCCUUCUGUUGGUCCCUGCUGCUUUACACUAAUACAGGAAGAAGCCAAAGCCUUUCAUGAUAUUGACCCACAGUGUGUUCGUGAGUUCGAGUCACCAAAACCCUAUGUUGACAUAAGAAGAACAACAAGAAUUCUUCUUGAACGUGGGGGGAUCCUGCCGCAGAACAUUCAAGAUGAUACAGUUACAGACAAAAGCCAGAAUGUCACUCUCUGCACCUCCUGCCACCCAGACAAGUUUUUCUCCCAUGUGCGAGAUGGCCUCAAUUUUGGGACACAGAUUGGAUUCAUAUCAAUUAUAGAAUAACUGCACCUCUGCAGCGAUGCCUCACAAAGCAAUUACAGGAGAUAAUGAAGAAGUGGAGUCAUUUGCUCUUGAUACUCUCCUAUUGGUUGAAGCUAGGAAAACCGAUAAGUGAACAGAAACUAUUCCAAAAAUGGUGUAUGGAGUGAAUGUCUAUGAAGUAAUGAAUAAUUGCUUGAACACUAAAACGAUACCAGUAUAAUAAAUAUAUUUUUAUUGGA